AUGGCAAAGAAUGUACCGAUAAGAGGUCUGGGCAUUGGUGUCGGCAGUUUGAACAUCAAUGAGACCCAUAUUAAAGACGAACCGGUAUGCCAUCCGUCGCAAUCAACAGAAGUGGUCAUAUUAUUAACAAUUGCAUCGAUUGGUUGUCUCACAAACUUAUUGCUUAUGUUAUUAGUUUUGAUAAGAAAACCAUUCAAGAGAUAUCAUAAAAGUUGGUCUCAAGGAUUACUACUACAUCAAGGAUUAGUAGAUUUAGGUCGUGCUUUGCUUAUCAUUCCUCUGGCAAUAAGUGUUAUGCAAUGCCAACGAUUGACGCGCUGUUCGAUAAUAGACUCCGUGUUCUUACUGUUGGUGACGGUGUCGACCGUUAAUAUGUUGACCUGUCUUAUCAAUGACGCGCCUAUAUUUCCAGAGCACGAACAGUUGGGUCGAGUACUCGGAUCAAUACAACACCAACCGCGUGAAUAUUAUUGGUUGGAGACGAGCGGUCAAAAUCCAAAUAAUAUAGACUUACGUAACGAUGAUUCUCCCUAUUGUAUAGUAUUUGCUGUAUUUAUCAUAUGGUUUGCCUCAUUGACAAUAAACUUGGGACCAACAUUACUGAGCGGUGCAUUGGCCAGUGGUACUGACACAACCGGACAUCUAAACAUUUGUCCAAUGGUUUAUCGCCCGGUGCGACACUAUGUACUCGACUUGUUAUGGAUUAGUGUUAAUCUAAUGUGUGUUAUGUUAAUGGCAAUACAUUUAAGGAAAUUAUACAAAGAUAUUGUUAAAUCAAAUCUGGAGGCAAUCCAUGUGUCCAGUUUGGUGACCACAAUGAUGACAGUGCAGACAGACAGGGAACAGGACGACCAAAGAAACUUUUAUAACUACGUUCAGAGACUUGAAAAUGAGGGCAUCAGUCGAGUCAAAAUGUUUGUCAUUAUAUUAAUCGCUUAUUUAUUAUUUUGGGGUCCACUCUAUAUUAUCACAAUAACACAACCGGGUUUGGAGACAUCCCUGACAUAUGAGAUCUGUUUACACGUGGCUCUCACUCAUUGUAUUGUAAAUCCCAUACUAUUUAUGGUCUAUAGUCGAGGAAAUUCUGAUUCCGAUCCAAAUAAUCAAGAAAGUGAUAGACAGGGCUGUUGUUGCAAAUGUAUGGCAUAUGUGUGUUGUAGUAAUGCGGACACACCAACAACAUCGCCAUCAUCACCAACAGUCAGUCCUAAUUUAGAUCCCAAUGCCGUAUCACCGAUGAUGCUCUUCUUUUCCAUUGGCAAUAAUCAUGUGAAUCCCAGUGCUCAUCAAAUGACUACUACUUGUGCUAAUCACACAACUAAUUCAAUAAAUUUCAAUUCAACUAAUAAACGAAUGGAGACGACUAUUUAGUAAAUUGCAAACAUAUAGACAUCGUAUGAAAAACAGGAU